AAAAUGUCGUAACAUUGUCCACUGUCAAAUCAUCAGGCAGAAAUUUAUCAAUGAGAGGGAGAGGUCCUCGAAUCCUCCGAAGUUUUGGCAGGGAUAUUGGUAUAAAAGCGCGUCUUCAUAGGUACGAUAGUAUAAUGAGACAACAACCGUAGUCAACAUGUACGCUUUGCAAGUAACCAUUUGCGCUAUCAUCGUGGCGGUGGCCGUUAGUGCGCCAGUAACAGAACAGGAAGUACCAAUUCUUUAUCACAGUUCAAACGGACCCGAACCAGACGGUUCUUAUUCCUUCAGCUUUGAAACAGGAAAUGGUAUUCGCGUUAACGAAAAAGGAGAACCAAGGAAGAGUGUACAACAGAAUCCUGAAAAUGAAUAUCCACUUUACGUCCAAGGAUCAUACCAAUAUCCAUCAUCGGAUGGUUCAGAAAUCUCAUUGACUUACGUUGCUGAUGAAAAUGGAUUCCAACCUCAAGGAGACCAUUUACCAACUGCUCCACCAAUACCGCAAUCGAUCUUAAGAUCUCUCGAUUAUAUCGCUACUCACCCUCAGGAAGAUAAUUUGAGAAAGUGAAUUUCUAUUAUGGCUGCCAUUAACGAACUGACAUUGAUAAUAACCAUGACGAGAUUAUUUUCGUACGACGAACAACAACUCUAAUCGCGAAAAAAUGUGAUCAGCAGUUUUAUGUUUUUUUUUUAAUUCUCUUUUUGUUUUUCAUUUUUAUUAUUUUAUUUAUAAGUUAUAAUAACCAUGAUUUCAUACUACAAAGACAACAACAACAACAAACGACAACCGAGACGAAACAAUUUACUACGAAGUAUGGAUUAGUUUGAAAGUAGUAUUUUUUUCUCCUAUUUUUUUAUAUUAUCUUCUUUUUUUUAUUUAAUUAUGAAAGAUUUAUCAUCAACGAGACGAGAAUCGUUCGUUGGGAUUUGUAACAGUGUAAAUUAUUCCAUUGAAAAUCUUGGUCUAUUCUCUCGUAUUCGUGUACUCUACUAUUAUUAUUAUUAUUAUCUUAUAAUAAUCGUUGAUUUGUUUGUUAAUUCAAUUUUCAAUAUUAUACCGCAAACAUACUCGAAAUGUGAUUUUAUUCGAGAUCAAAAUAAUGUUAUUUAGGUAUAACAUGUAUGUAUAUUACAGAUACAUAAAAUACGAAGGCUGCUAAGUAAUACAAGUCAUAAUAUUAUUUGUAUACUUCUAUAAUACUACCACCAUUACUACUACUGCCACCAACUCGAUAUUUUUGUUUAAAUUAUAAGGAUAAAAAAAAUAUAUAUUUUUAAUUGAAGUAAAGUACACUACGUUAUAAUUAUCAUAUAUAGUAACGUUUAUAUUAAACGUUUAAGUACGAGGGAAUUAUAAUUAUACAUACCGUGAUAUAAUAAAUAUUAUUAAUAUUUGAAAAAUUAUUUUU